AAAGUCCCUUGCAUUUUCAGUCUCACAGCCACUGGCAACAGUAACUUGUUGAUUUUCUGAACGUUAUUUGCUGUAUUUUGCCUUUCUAAAAUUUUGUGAUCGGCAAAAUGCCUGAGGGUGACAACAUUUGGCAGCUUUUUGUCAAAGGGCUGCGUGGAGAGACCACCGUUGUGAGGAUCCACAAGGACGCCACUGUCGACGAGCUGAUUAACAAGAUCAGUGAGAGGAACGGCAUACCUGCGGAGACGCAGCGCAUCCUAUACACAACCAAACAACUUGUGUAUGGUCAGAACAAAUACCUGUCGGACUACAACAUGGAGGAUCAGUCCAACCUCACCGUCGUGCUGCGACUGAAGGGAGGAAGCAACACCGUGGAGGACUUGUCCCCUCCGCCGAAGCAACUGGACGAGGACGUGGAGACCACCGAGGCUCCUGAUAUGAUCAGCUGGGAGGAUGACCCCAACACGCCCCGAGCCAAGAUGUCCUGUGGGCACGCCAUCACUCCUGAGACACUCACCACGUUCUGUGAGAGUCUGCUGAGUUCAGGAAAGUACGUCUUCAAGUGCCCUUACAUCGGUGAAGGUAGAGCGUAUUGUGGCAAGGAGUGGACCUAUCUGGAGGUCCGUCGUCUCGCCGUCCUCACGGCGGACGAAAAGAAGCAGUUCGAGACCAAAAUCUCCGACAACUACCUGCGCAAGGGGAUGGGAAUCCAGGAGUGUCCCAAGUGUCACUCUCUCUGUGAGCGCAUCAACAAGAAGCACAAGCGCGUGGUGUGCCCCCUGUGCUCGGCCUCUGACGGCGUGGAGUUCCACUUCUGCUGGCACUGCCUGCACCAGUGGGUCGGAGGAGGCAUCGAGAAGUGCGGCAAUGUCAGCUGCGGCGGUGAAGACCCGCGUCUCAAGAUCCUCCGCGACUGCAAGAAGAAGACCAUCGUGGGCGUGGCUAACUGUCCUGCCGUCAGGGCCUGCCUGAAGUGCGGCAUGCUUAUCGAGCAUGAGAAGGCCUGCAAGCACAUGGCCUGUGUCUGCGGUCAGAAGUUCUGCUUCAUCUGCCUGAAGCCCGACCUGAACGGACACUACCAGUGCGGCAGUUACGACAGUCCGUGCGAGAUCGCUGAAGUGCAGAAGACCAUCCCUGCAGACAACUAA